AUGGACCGCUUACAGGAACUUGCUGCUGCCGCCGAGGCUCACUCGAGUCCCAACUCCACCACCCAUCCAACUGCUAAUCGCACUGAUAUGUCCCACUCCGUUGCCGGCGUAUAUACCGAGAAAGAGCUAGAGGCUGCAGCCACUAUUCUAACACUGGGCAAGCCGAUUUUGUUGUUCGAGGAUGAUGUAGAGGCCGCGCACAUACUUGUAGAUAUGAGCAAGUCGAUUUCGUCUCCCAAGAGCGAUAGCGAGCGAACGAAGAGCGAUAAUGAGCGGACGCUCACUGCAGAGCCAAGUCCAGUUACGACUCCGACUCGCGCGGCUAUGCCAUCUACAUACACCGUAGGCACCUUGGGGUCAAUCGAGGAUGUUGGCGUCUCGGUUCCUACGGCUAUUACAGCUGUGCCUGCUCGUACAGUGAAAGUGGUCACGCUGAAAGAGUAUAUAGCCAUGAAAGAAGGGAGGAAGGAUAGGGAAGCGCAAAAGAAUGCUUGA